AAGAUCUGAUAAUAAGAAGUCAUUGUUUUUGCAGAGUGUCCAUGCAAGACCUUUGUUCACUGAGAGCUUUGCUUUGCAUUAAUCUUGACUGGAACUACUCAUGGAAAUGUUUCCAAUCAUCCUUUUGACAGUCAGUUUGCAAUAUGUGCAAGUAAAAUCUCAAGACGCAAUUGAUGCAAUCCCAACAGCAAAACUGACUUUGGUAUCUGAGUGGUCUGAAGUCUACCAAUCUGAAAAAGUCAGUCUACAGUGUGAGAUUCAGGGCAGCUCAGAGGCCUGGUCCUACAAAUGGUAUAAAAAUGGGGCAACUCUACAAGAAUCUAAACCUCAAUUUAACAUCCAGUCAACAACAAAGAUCGACUCAGGAGAUUAUUCUUGUCAGGGAUCCCUACAAGGCAGAGUGACCACUGAACACAGUACUGUUGUUACACUUACAGUUAAGGCAAUCCCAACAGCAAAACUGACUUUGGUAUCUAAGUGGUCUGAAGUCUACCAAUCUGAAAAAGUCAGUCUACAGUGUGAGAUUCAGGGAAGCUCAGAGGCCUGGACUUACAAAUGGUAUAAAAAUAGGGGCAGUCUACAAGAAUCUGAAUCUCAAUUCAACAUCCAGUCAGCAACAAAGAUUGACUCAGGAGAUUAUACCUGCCAGGGAUCCCUUCAAGACAGAGUGGACGCUGAACUCAGUACUGCUCUUACAGUUACAGUUCAUGCUCGUCCACCUGCUGUGCUGACUCUGGAGACAGAAUGGGGUGACAUCUUGGCUGGGAAUAUACUGACACUAAAGUGCAAGAUCACAGAUAAAAGAGAGUGGAACUACACCUGGUAUGAGAAUGGACAGGAGCUGAACGAGUCUUUAGAAAUCUACAAAGUGACAGCAACUGAAGAAACAAUUAAAAGUGAAUUCAAGUGCAAGGGGAUAAGGACUGAGAGACCACUGUACUCUGCUCUAAGUGAGGAGUUCAUGGCUAAUAAUAUUGUGUUAAAACGAAAAAUACUGCUGGCCAUCUCAGGAUGUCUCGUCUGCUGUAUUAUAAUCCUGAUUAUUGGAUGCUUCAUACUAAAAUUCACCCGCAAAUCAGAGAAAAAAGAUACUUACAGAGUUACAGAGGACUUGUUUUUCUCAGUGGCAGACUCAAAGAACCAAACUGCUGCACCCUUGAAAGAGUACAUGGAAAACAAACCAACAGACUCUGAGAUGAAAGAAUGUGACGAAAAAGAAGAACUGUUUAGCAACUGUAUUUCAGCUGUUCAUGUGGAUGGUGUGAUCAAAGGACCCUGAAUCAUUUUGUCAAUAAUCAACAUCAAGAUGAGUUUCUCUUUUUUUUUUUUUUUUUCACAAAGGCAGCUAGAGUAAAUGACGUAUGCAUUAAAAAUAAAUAAAUAAAUAAAGACUGUAUCUAUAGCACAGCACUUUGUCAAAUAGCAACUGCACUUUCAUGUUCACAAAGGCUGAAAAACAAUGUACUGUAUUUUUAGGGCUUGAAAAAAUUUAUAAUUUAACUGUAGUGCUAUAAAUAUGUGAUCUGGAGAACAGCACGCUGAUUGUAUAGUGAGGAUGCAGUUCUGUAUAAGUUACAAAACUAUAUCUGUACAUACCUAGUCUUUUCCAUUUAUUACUUCUUACAAACAUUAUAUGAAGACAACAUAGAGAAAAUGUUUGUGGUAUAUCUACUGGAUUAUAGUAAUCUAGUAGAUAUACACAAAGUUGUAUUGGUGGAUAGAUCUUUUCUCUUUAAUGUUUUUUUUUUUUUUUCAUUUAAGAUUGUCAGGUGUAUCUGAUGUGUAGAUUAAUGGGAGUGGAUUAUUUCAAAUAAAAUUAAAGAAGCAGUUUGUACUGCUUUUGUUCCAUUAUUGCCACCAUGAUUUCAGAUCAUCAUAUUGUUACGUCCCAGGACGUAUCUCAUGCGUAUAUGUGUGUGUGUGUGUUCUGUGUGUAUCCUUGUUCUGUCUCUCUCUCUCUUGACAGACUGCCAUCAGCUGCUGUCACUAAUGGCAGCUAACCACUCAGUUGUCGUGAUUGGUUGUUGGGAGAGACUGGUAUAAAGCUAUGGCUGUGCCACACUACAGAGUGCUUCUUUUCCCUUGUUCCAGGUUGCUGUUUCUGCUGCAUGUGAUAAUUGUUACAGUGCUUUAUUAUUAUUAUUUUAUUUUUAAUGGUAACUAAUACAUGGUAGUAGGGAGAUAGGUGGGUGCUAUUUUUUUAUCCUUUUGUGUUUUCUCCUGUUUUUAGUUAAAAAGGGAGACAGGAAGUUUUCUUCUGCAGGUAAUUUACCUCCCUCUUCAGGGGGUGGGGGGCAAAACAACAUUCAAAGGCCCAUGACAUUAUGGUGCCUUGGAAGGCUGUCUGAAACCAGUGUCCUUAGGAGGUAAUUUUAUACAGAAAAUGCUGCCUGUGAAGUCAUCGAGCCUUCACUGAGGCAGCAAGGCCUCUGCCUUGGCUUUCUGGCAUAACCUAAGUAGCACGUGGCACCUGUGAGUGGUCAGAGAAGUGGCACCACAGGCUUUUUAUUUCAGGUGAGGCAUAAUCAAUCAGUUGCCAACACCACCAUGAGGGCAUGCACAGACAUCCCUUUCAUAUAAAAAAAGCUACAUUGAAAAUGUCCACAUUGAUUACUAGAGCUGGGUAUUCCCUGGCACCUCAAAAUACGAUAGUUUGGCUAGAUUAUGAAUCAAUUCCAAUUAAUUUGGGUAUAUUAUGGUUAUGUACUGAUAUCUGAUG